ACGACAACGACAAAGGCAGCGAUUGCUUCAUUCACAAAUCGCAGUUAGCGCGCGGCAGGCAAGCACUGUGGACGUGGAUGUGGACGUGGAAGUUGCAAGCCACCACCCGACGGAGCCGUAAUCGUGCCCCAUCUGCGGCGCAUCCUGUACACUCGCAUUCGCAUUCGCUGCUCGCUUCAAGUGAAAGUUCGCCAGGAUUUCAAGUGGCAGUCGCGUUUCCCUUGCUUGCCACAAGGCAACGCGGUUCGUGACUGCAGCCGGUUUUGAUUUCGGUAUUUGUGGAUUGGAUUCGUUUUAGUGUUUUUGUCUCGGUUUGUUGACAAAGUUAUUGCUUUGGCUUAAUGACUUCGUAAUUGAUUUGCAUUCGAUUUCGCGUUGUGGUUGCGGCAAUUUAUUGCCAGUUGAAAGCGUCAUUCGAACUCGUAGUCGGCUUUCAGUCAUCGCCGCCAUCGCUAAUCAAACGUCGAACUGCCAACACCAAAUACCAGAUACCAAAUACCAAAUACCAAAUCCAGACUACCAAAUAACAUUUCGAUCGCAGCCAUGUCGCUGUCAGUGGCUAGCCGCCGUCGCUGCCAGACAACCACGACGACGACAAAUCCAUCAACAACCACUUCGACGCCGUCGUCGUCGUCGUCAUCGUCAUCGUUGCAUCCUGUGCGCAAACAGCACUCGCUGAUUGAGCCGCCCAGCCACGCCCACUCGCACGGCGUCGCCAGAUAUUCCGCCCAGCAGCGUGGCUACUUGUCUCGCGGCCUAUCCGUCGGCCGCUCCAUCGAGAGUAUUCGCCAGAAGCUGUAUCCCUCCAGCUCCCUGGCAGCUGCUCCUCCAGUCGCCCACUUGGGUCGUCAGUCUUCGCUGGCCGGCGAGGGAAGAUUGGCGCCCACGCACACUGAGUUAAGCCUGCGCCUAAGGGAGUCCAGCCUGGUGGCCUGGUCAUCGCAGUCGUCACUCCUCAAGGCGUCACUUGCAACAGACAACGCGCAGGCAACGCGACUGCAGGCUGAACAGAAGGAGGCUCAGGCAAAGGCCGAGAGCGCCAAGGCGGAUAAGAAUCGCAUCAAUUUAAACAUUGUGCUCGCCCAGACGAUACGUGCCACCAACGAGCGGGAACACGACCACGAACACGACCAGGAUCACGACCACGACCACGACCAGGAGCAGGAACAGGAGCAGCCAGCACUUAUCCAACCGGCUGUCCUUGCCAGUAGCGAGGAGAGCGUCUCGUCUGCCUUGACAGUUCAACGGCGACCGCCUUUGGUGCGUGCUAUGUCCGCUCCGGUGCGUCUCGACGAGAGCAGCAAGAGUGUCAUUGGUGGGGCCAACAAGCGCAACCAGCAGAAGCUGCGACGUCGCAAGAUCUUCACGCGUGCCGCUUCCUCGGUGGCUGUGCCACCCGAUGCCAGCCCCUUGCUGAGCUCCGAUGUCGUCUCCAACGUUAACGUCAACGUCUCGAACAACAACAACAACAAGAAGCAGUUGAGUCGGGCUCGCAGUGUGAUUGCACCGGAUGUGAUUACGCUGGUGUCACUGCUGAGCUCUGAGGGCAGCGACUCGGAGCGGGAGGAGAGCUCCUCCACCUCAGCGUCCACUUCGACGGGCAACGAGAAAUCCUCGCCGCCAACAGCGCAACGCAGUCCGCAGCGUCGUGCGCCGCUGCUGCGCAAAACGGGCAAAUCGGUCUCGUUUCAAGACAGCUAUCCGCCCACCUUUCAACUGGCCUCCAAGGAGUAUUCGCACAUGAUACGACGCGGUUCCAUAGCUCCACUCGCCGCCCGAAUUCGCGCCAAUCGUCCGCCAACGGCACCGCCCGUCUCCAUCUUCCUCAGCGACCCAUCGGGCAAGCCAAUGGAAUCGCGCCAACGUCCGGUGGAUGCGGACGUAGGCAGUCUGCCUGCGGAUGAGGCCAAGAAGGAGAACAACGCAGCCAAUUGUAAUGUGCAACAACAGCAGCAGCAACAGCAGCAGUCACAGCAACAGCAACGUGAGUCGCAGCAGGAUUACAACUUCCCCUUGUACGUGUGCAGCAUCAAGGAGCGCGAGUGCUGGAAGCUGCACCAGAAGAUGUCCGCCAAGGGUGUCAGCGUCAGCUAUGAGACCGUCUUGCGUGGCAUGUUGACACCCACGGAGUUCCGGCACUUUCAAAAGCAGCGCGAGCACGAGGAGGCCAAGGCCCAGGAGGCCGCCGAAGCCGAGGCGGAAGCUGCAGCUGCGGCGGAGAAGGAUAACGUCAAGAAGCCGCCGGCCACGGCCAUUGAGCGUCUCUCCGAGUCCUUGCUGCAAGGCAAGUGAGCUGACCAACUUCGACAUCGUCAGUUGUGAGGACCAAGUUAUGCAUUUGCCCCUGGCCCAAGUCAAAAAAUGGAAUCCUUUCAUGUCCGUAGUGCGCACUCGUUAAACUGCAUCGCACCCAGAGCUAAGGCACAACGUCAGAUCGCAUCCUUCGUAAUCGUAGUCGUAGUCGUAGUCGUAGCUGAACUAUCCUAGUGGCUUAAGGACGUUGUGCUGCCAAUCGCAACCGAACCUUAGCUGACAACUAAAUAAACUGUAGACACAAAGAA